UCGAAGUGGGCUGAGCCUCUUGUCUUGAGCUCAGGAGCAGACUUGAAAGGCCUAAAGUAAUUCCCUAAUUACCACUAAAAAAAAGUAAUUCUCUAAUUUAGCCCAGCAAAAAGGCUCCCCCACCGUUCCCGCGAGACAGCCUCGUACGUCGUGUGGCAGGCGUCUGAUGUGGGAGUGGGACGCCACCUCCCUCGCCGGCGCCCUCAAAUCCGCCGCCACUGGCCGUUCCACUCCCCAUGUCAAACCCCUCCACGCUGUCCUCCUCAAGCUCGGCCUGUCGGCGUCCGCCAUACUAGCUACCUCACUCGCGCACCUGGCACUCAGGUGCGGGCUCCCUGGUUACGCCCGCGCUCUGUUCGACGAAAUGCCCAGACGGGACGUGGUCUCCUGGACGUCCCUCAUUACCGGCCACGCUCACCAGGGUUUGCACGCAGAUUCUCUCGCACUUCUGAGGCGCAUGGUGGAAUCUGGUGUUGCUCCCAACGGGUACACCCUGUCCGGUGGUUUGCUCGCGUGUGCCGGGGUUGGCCAGGCCGCCCUUGCUGCCGGGAAGGAAAUCCAUGCCAGGGUUGUGAAGAUGAGUAUGUAUGGCCCGGUCGAUUCAGUUGUGGAUAACGGGGUUCUUGACAUGUAUGCGAGGUGCCGGAAUGUUGAAUAUGCGAGGAGAGCGUUUGGGGUGAUGGUGGCGAGGGACAUUGUUGCGUGGAACUCGAUGAUGGCUGGGUAUCUCGGGAGUGGUCAAGCUGAGGAGACUCUGGGCUUGUUUGCGUCAAUGGUUUCUUGUGAGGUUGGUGCAGAUGGCUUCUCGUAUGCCAUAAUUGUGGAUGCGUGUGGGGAGCUGGCGUUGUUAAAACAGGGGAUGCAAGUGCAUGCACGGGUUCUUGGUGCAGGAUUUGAUUCUGAUGUUGUUGUAAGGAAUUCCUUGCUGGAUAUGUAUGCAAAGUGUGGAUGUGUUGAUUCAGCCGAGCUUGUCUUCAAUGGGACACCUUCAUUAGAUGCUGUUUUGUGGACUACGAUGAUCUCAGCCUAUGGCAAGUUUGGUCGUGCACAAGACGCGGUAUGCUUGUUUGAUAGGAUGGCACGUUUGGGCAUCAAAAGAGAUGGAGUAGCAUACCUUGCGGUGUUGUCAGCUUGUAGCCAUGGUGGACUUGUUCGAGAAGGUUGGCACUACUUCAAGUUUCUGUUUGAUGGCCAAAGCUCGGUUAAGCUGCAGCCUGAGCACUACGGUUGUAUGGCAGAUCUAAUUUGCAGGAGAGGUCACCUAGAAGAUGCUCUUGAAUUCAUUGAGAAUAUGCCAUUUGAGUCGAGCAUUGCUGCUUGGAGUGCGCUACUUAAUUCCUGUCGAAUCUAUGGGGAUGCUAAGUUAGGUCAGCUUGCAGCGUCCCGUUUACUCGAGCUUGAUCCAGAGAACCACAGUAACUGGGUUGCUUUAUCAAGUAUACAUGCAUCGGAGGGCGAUUGGCAUGAGACAUGGAUGAUCAGGGAGAACAUGAACAGAGAGUGGGUGAAGAAAGAGCCUGGAUGUAGUUGGGUCGAGUUGCAUGAUGGAAUUCAUGUAUUUCUAAUGGCUGAUCAGUCUCACCCUGAAUUGGUUAAUGUACUGCAGACUCUUGAUUCUUUGAAGGAAGAUAUAUGGGUGAUGCCUUCAAAACCAUAGACGAUUUUUGGUGAUGCUCUUUGAUCAGAGCUAUUUUAAAUCUUGUUGAACAGUGGACAUUGUCCUAGUUGGUUGUUUCCCUUAGAACUAGUGCUACUAGUGACGUCAAAUAGGCUGUGAGAUGAAAAUAUGUCCUUGGAAAUUUGAAAUUGCAGCAAGAGGAUAAGUAAGGUGAUACGCUCUGGCGACUUGCUUAUGUGUGUUUUGUAGAUUAUACUAUAUGCGACGGUUUUCAAGAUGGUGCUUUCAUUCGACCAUGAAGAAGUUUUCUUGUAUAUUGAAUUGUCGACACAGAUGGAUAUAUUGUUCGUUUAAUAAAAAUAGUAGGAUUUCAUCAAUGCAAAUAACUGCCUUUUGUUUUAAGGAAAAUCUAGUCAAGAAGGAGGUGCUUGAACAAGAUUGAAGUGAAGGUCCAGUUUCCAAGAUGGGCCAGGUAUUCUGCCAACUCUUAAGUGAUAGUUGUUCUUCACUCCAUGAGGGUCAGACUGUGCAUCUGAGCCAUCCUCAUCUUUGAGUAUAUCGUGUUGACCUAAGGACCAAAUUUCUACUAGAACCAUAGCAGCCAUGCUUGCAAUGAGAUAUUUGAGGGCGGAUGUUUGCUGAGACCAACCAAUGUGAUGCAAAGCAUAUAGUUCCUGUCGCCAGAUGUUUGCAGUAAAAUGAUUUAGCAUUUCCAUACUUCAGAAUGAUUUCUACUUUGAUGUAUCUUACAACUCAUCAUAGUAUCUUGGUGUGUACUUUAUGGUAUACAUUUUGAAUACUCUAUUAUAAUCAUAAUAUGGAUCAGAGGGAGUAAUAUAAAUAGUUGAUGCCAGGAGGAACCUGGUGUUGUUUCUCU